CGAUUGUUAAAAUUUGAAUAACAUUUCAUUCUUCGUAUAAACGAUAGUCCAAUACCAUUUUGAACAGACCUCUAAACAUGUAUACUGAAGAGGAGUAUAUAUAAUGCCCGCAAAGUCUUGGUAUAUUAUACUUGAUUGCCUGUAACCAAAAUCUGCAAUGAACGCCGGACUCCUUUGUGUCGCCAUUCUCGCUGCUUCAACGCAUGCGUUCUCCAUUCAUUCCGGUAAUGUUGAGGAGAAACUCCGUCUUCUGAAUCCUUCAUUUAUGAUGAUGGAACAAUUGUUCAAUCUCCAAGAUGAAACACAAUGCAUUGAGAAACUUUUCUGUCUUAUGGAAACUGAGAUGGCUGGAGAAGUUGAAAAUCCUCUUAAGCAUUACUCAAGAUUCCUGACAAACCUCUACCAAGAAAUCGAACCAUUGGCAUUUGAAAAGGUUAAAGGUCUCCUUGCCAAAUAUCCACACAUUUCAAAGGUCAUUGACGCCAUUGCCUUUGGUCAGAGAAGCAACAGCGAGGCAUGCAAUGUGAAGUAUGAGGAAUGCCCAAACGAGAAGAGCGAGCUAGUUGCCUUUGCCAAGAUGCUCGGAGAUAAUGUUGUGAACAAACACAUGCCAGGCUUCUUAGCAAAACGAGGAGACCCAGUGUGCACUGGUGCUGGAAUUAGCUGCGGUUUAAUUGGAGGAGGGUGUGCUCUUUGUACCGUUGCUACAGAAGGUGCGUGUGGUCUUUUAUGUGGACCGGAAGUGGCUGCUGCCUGUUCUGGAGCUGGUAUUGGUUGUGCUGUUAAAGAUGGAAAAUGAUGAAAAGUAUUUGUACUAUCGUUUCUAAAUAUAUAUCAUUGAACCUGACUAAAUGGAUAACAGAUGUAAAAUUUAAUUUAAAACUUCACUAAAAUGACUUAAAUUGCUGAAUUAAAGUUUACAGAAUGUAACAAAUAAAAUAGAAACAUUAAAAACAAA